AUAGAAUUUACUACUUACCAUGUUUUAGUAAUCAUGGCUGAUGAAAGUAAUGAGGUCAAGGAAGAAGUGAAGGAUGACCAAGAAAUUCUUCGUAGGGUCUUUAAUAUUCUGCGUGAAAAUAAUCCGGAGCUUGUUGGAUUUUGGCUUCUUACAAUUAUAUGGCCACCACAAGUUCUUGAAAGGACAGAGAAAGGGACAAAGAAGACAGUCUUUGUCAACUUUAUGGACUAUUGCAAGACGAUGCAUCGAAACGUAGAUCAUGUUAUGGCUUUCUUGCUUGCUGAGGUGGGUACUAGGGGUACACUUGAUGAGCAGCAAAGGUUGGUUGUUAGGGGGAGAUUUACACAGAAGCACUUUGAAUCGUUAUUACGACGAUAUAUCCUUGACUACGUCAUGUGCAUUGGUUGCAAGAGCACAGACACAAUUCUUUCAAAGGAGAAUCGUCUCUUCUUUGUGAGAUGUGAAAUGUGUGGAUCAGGACGACCUGUGCCGCCAAUCAAACUCAAUUUUGGUCCCAGGAGGAGGACUGCUCAAGCAAAACCAAUCCAUUGUGCAAGCAAAAACUUCGAAGUUAAAAACCUUAAAAGCGGCGAGGGCAACCGUAAAAACCAUUCUCCGACACAAGAAACGAAUUGUCUCAAUACUCAAAAAAACGAAUCUGUUAAGAAGAUGGCGAGAGAUAGCUGUUUGGCCAGAAUCACUGCCGGAGUUGCCGUUGGCGGCGCACUUGGCGGCGCAGUAGGUGCUGUCUAUGGAACUUACGAGGCGAUUAGAUUCAAGGUUCCUGGGCUUAUGAAGGUUAGAUACAUUGGGCAAACUACCCUCGGCAGCGCAGCAGUUUUCGGGCUUUUUCUAGGUGCUGGCAGUUUGAUACAUUGUGGCAAAGGCUACUGAUUCCCUUACAUUGGUUUACCUCUAGAAGCUUUUAGUUUGUAUCUCUCAUAGUCUCUUGGUGAAAGAUUGGAUUCUCUUUUUGAAAGAUAUUGAGCUUUUUGUUGAAAUAAGUAUUGGAUGAAUCGUUUUUAUAUGUUUCUGCCCCUCUCUGUGUGAAUUUUCAUCUCUUAUGUUUGGAUUCUUUUUGCCUAAGAUAAUCUUGUCAAUGAAUAGAUCAUGUUACA